GAUGCGCUUGUCCAGAAUUGCAGGAAUACGGGCGCAUUACAAGCAUAAAAACUCUAGACUCGCGCGCAAAUAUUAGUUUAACUUUUCAUAACAGCAUCGCGUGAAUUUCAAUUACAAUUCUGUUCAGUUCGCACAAUUAUUUAAACCACCGUUAGCAUUGUCAGUAAGCGGAUAUCCAUCAGCGGGAAGUGUUCUUCAACUGUGAAUAUACACUUUACGUUAAUAUGCAUUCAUUCAACAUAUACUCAGCCGUAGUGUUUGCGGCCGCAUGCCUCGCACAGCUUGCAACGACAACCUCUCUGCACGACAUCCUCAGACAGCCAAAGUACUGGAACACCCUGCACAAGCGCCAGCACGCCGAGGCAACACACGAACAGAUGUGUUUCACAAUUCCUCAUCUGCAAGCACUGAAAGACCAGUUUGCUACCUAUAUUGACACGAAUCGCGACGAAAGGGCAAGCAAGGUGGAGAUAUUAGACUACCUUAGGAAGUACAACCCAAAUGUCACGCCUGAUCAGGUGAAGGAAUUCAUAGCAAGACGAGACCAAGACGGCGACGGAUCCGUUGACUUUAUUCCUGACUACCUCAUGGAGGUCAGUUCUCCGGACUUUGACGUGAAAAGCGCCAAGGAAUGGUUCAAUCUCGAGGACACCAAUGGCGACGGGUUUGUGUCACGCGAAGAACUCGUUGACAUAGCAACGAAGGUUGGGAUGCCGAAAAAAGAGGCGGAGAGAACGGUGUCCGGCUAUUACAUGUCCGCAGAUAGGAAUGGCGACGACAAACUGUCUUGGGAAGAGUACCAGCCUUUGUUCCUGGCUAAGUAAUCACUAUUCUUCAGAAAAAGAUGAAUCAAUCAAGAAACAUUACUAGGGCAAACAAACUGUUCAUUUUGAUUCAUUUUUCGUGUUUUUUUUCUCAAAUGGAAUACUAUCUGUCAUACAAUGAACUGUUAU